AUGCGUCAUACUAGUAGAUCAAUUUCAUCUGAUGAUUGUCCCAUUACAAGCAAAAUUCGUCGCCGUAUUUCUACGACACCUAUUCCAAGACCAAUACCUACUAAUACUUUAAUGCCAACACCAAUUCCGGUUUUUCCUUCUCUUUUCAAUCCGUUUCCAUUUAUUUCAAAUCCAUCCAUACCUCCACCGGUAUCGUUGAAUUUUCCUCAUUCACCUUUAUUAAAUCCAACUACGACAAUUAUUCGACAACCUAUCCAACCUUUUGUUACACCUUUACCGGCUGUUUUAACACAACGUAUUCGACAGUUACCUCAACCGGGUGCAAAUGAACAACCAAUUGGUACAAGGACAAGACGAAAAGCAACAAAAAUUUGGAAACCAUAUGAUAUUAAAUCAUGA